AUGUUUAUAACCCUUGAGGAGAUGCUGCUGGAUCCGGCAAAGAUGAGGCGAAAUGUGGAAACAAACGCCACUGUAGUAGCAACUGAGCGAAGAAACCCGAUUGAAAAGAAAAAAGAAACAACAAUUAGCCCAAUGGAUUCUGUGGAUGAAGCCAUGCGUCCACCACCAUUAGAGCUCAGCAAGCGGACUACAACACGUAAGAAGUCUCAGAAGUUCACAUUGAAGUUUCCUUUAGUGGAUAUUGAAGCCGCUCACGAAGAAAGCGAAGGAAAGGAGUUCAACAAAAAGGAGUCUGAGAAGGAGAAGAUCGCAGACUGGAAAUCGGUGGCGAUAAGCUCUCUUACCAUUCUCGCCGUCAUCGGUCUACAGAAACUUUUCAGUGCUCUUCGGCCGUCUGUGUCUCCGCCGAAAUCGCCGGGAAAUACUGUGUCCCUCCGCCGAAAUCGCCGGGAAAUACUGUGGUCUCCGCCGGAAAUCGUCGGAAAAUACUGUGCCGCCUCAGUAAAAGUCUUAAUCGACUUCUCUUCUUUUCUUUUUCUCGAUCAUGUCUUCUUCUCUUCUCUUCUUCGUUCUCUUCUUCUUCUCUUCUCUUCUUCUUCUCUUCUCUUCGUCAACGGACAGACCACAACGGCUUGUAUUCUUCGCCAGGACUAUGCUUCUCUCUCUCAUUCGAUUGCUGAGCUCAGGCAUUAUGCUCCCGGUGUUCCCAUUAUCUUCGUUAGAACAAAACUUGACCUUCGAGAUGACAAGCGAUUCUUCACCAUGCUCAAGCUUCGUGCUAAACUGGCAUGCGCUCAGUCCAAAUCUGACUCGGAGAAGCUUGUAGCGGAUCUGACUAACCGAGUGGAGUUACUGCUUCAGGAAAUCCUCACUUUGCUCCAGAGAGCUGGUGAAAUAAACAAAAGUCUUCUUACAUUAGGGCGAGUGAUCAGUGCUCUGGGUAGAAAAUCUUGGACACAUUCCUUCCAGCUUAACCAGAAAAUGAUGACAUCUGCUUUGAUAAAGGACCUUUAUGGUGAAAUAGAACGACUUAAGGCGGAGGUCUAUGCUUCCCGUGCAAUGGCUGAGCUGAGAUUUGAACAGAUGGGUGGUCAAACAGAGAAUUAUCAAAAGUUACAUAAAUUUUUGUCUGACCAUCUACUUGAGGAGAUGCAAGGCAAGUACACGGGCCAAGCUCGGGACUGCUCUGAUCUGACUAACAGGCUUGAUGUCACCGAGCCAAACGAGCAAGAUGCUUGCUUCCACCACGAGGAACUGAAGAAAUCUCAAUAUGCCAUGAAGGAGAAAGAUUUCAUUACUUCAGAGCAAAAAAAAGCUGGGAGAGAGGACAAGCUCAGUGCGGAUAACAGAAAAGUGGUGGACAAUUAUCAACAAAAUGCACACCUUCAGGGUGUUAACAAACUGUCCCAAUCUCGUUUAGAAGCGCACAACAAGAGUCUUAACUUUGUAACAUUAUUUUGCAAAUUUGCUUGUCCAGGCCAUUCUGGUUUCGAGCUUCAAGGGAUAUAUUUACUUUCUCACUUGGAGGCAGUGCAGAAUGUAGUCCGCUUGCACAAGCCAAACUCGAGUGCUUGCCCGAGGAAGUUUCAGCAUUGGCGACCUCGAGUGCAAGGUUCCAUUGAUGCCUUUCUUGAUUUCUUUCUUGUCGUUUUCUUGCUUCCGGGGAUGGACACAGCACACCGUCGUUAUGUGAUGAACUUCAGAAUGCCCUCUUGCUUCAGGAGAAAUGGCUCUCUUUGCCGGGGAAUUGAGACUGGUGUGAUUCAAGACUCCACAGCUUUAAAAGAUGCCGUCUCUUCCAACGAAACGUUCUCGGAUGAACACGUCUCUGUCUUUCCCAUGCAAGCUGAGAAUGACGCCAGAGAAGGUGCUGAUUUCUCGGCUGCAAAACACUGUCGAAUGGAGUUGCUGCUUCAGCAAUCGAGGUUGUGCCAUACUUGUAUGGAUCAUCCCGGAGCCUUUUGCCACACCCCCAACUCGAAUUGUGGUUCCUCCGACAUGAGAAAUGUCAAAUCUGAUCUGAAAAUUAUUGCAAGAAACAGAGCACGACUGACUGUGACUCAAGGAGCUGAGAGAGAGAAAGGAAAAAAAGAUUAUACUAGAGAGAAAGGAACAGAGUCUGACAUCGAGUUGACUAGUGUUGGAAGUUCUUGGAGAAGCUCUUUCUGCAAAACCUUUACCGGGUUAUGCAAUUUCAUCAGAGCACUUGCACCGAACAAGCCUUUUGAGCACUUCCUGUGGAUUCAUUUUAAGUAG